ACUGCUUAGUAGCAGGUAGUAUUUAAUUAUUAUAGUAUUAUUAGUAUCUUUUAAUUUUUUAAUUUGUUAAUUAGUCUUUAGUGUGAACAGUUUUACUCACUUACUGUAAUUAAGUGUAAUUUUAUUGUUAUCUCGAUUUUAUUUUGUAUAAAUAUCAAUACACUUUGAAGCAAUCCAAAUAGUCUUGUGCUGGACUUGCUUAAGUUUACAGAACAGAUUUAAAUAGUCUGAGUUAAUACCUGAUUAAACAUGGCUAAUGAAGUAUUUAUUGUAUCUGCUGUUCGUACACCAAUAGGCUCAUUUGGUGGUUCUUUGUCAUCUUUGAAAGCUCAUCAACUAGGCUGCGUAGUGAUUUCAGAAGUACUUAAAAGAGCUAAUGUAAAUACAGAUGAAGUAUCUGAAGUUAUUCUUGGACAGGCCCUUACAGCUGGACAAGGUCAAAAUCCAGCUCGACAAGCUUCAAUAAAUGCUGGAAUUCCAAUCACUGUACCCGCUCAUGUUAUUAACAUGCUUUGUGGAUCUGGGCUAAAGGCUGUGGUUCUUGGAUACCAGGCAAUUAAAUGCGGAGAUUCUUCAAUUGUCAUUGCUGGUGGUCAAGAAAGCAUGAGCAAUGCUCCACAUGUUGUCAAUUUACGAUCUGGGAUCAAAAUGGGUAACACAGAAUUGAGAGAUACAAUGCUAUGUGAUGGAUUAACAGACGCAUUUAACAAUAUUCACAUGGGAAUUACUGCUGAAAAUAUUGCUGAAAAAUAUAAUAUUUCGAGGGAACUUCAAGAUAAUUAUGCUUUUGAGUCUCAGAAACGGACAGCAGAAGCUCAAAAAAAUGGUUACUUCAAAGAUGAAAUAAUACCAGUUGAGGUGAAAGUACGACGGAAUACCAUCAUAUUUGACACAGAUGAAUAUCCAAAAAAUGAUACUACUUUAGAAUCAUUAUCUGCAUUGAAACCUGUUUUUAAAUUGAAUGGAGGUGUAGUUACAGCUGGAAAUGCAUCGGGAAUAAAUGACGGUGCUGCAGUAGUACUUCUAAUGAAUGGAGAAGAAUGUAAAAAACGAAAUUGUACUCCAUUGGCUAAAAUUGUAGCUCAUGCUGAGUGUGGGGUUGAUCCAAAAAUAAUGGGUACCGGACCAAUACCUGCUGUACUUAAGACAGUUGAAAAAGCUGGUUGGACAAUGGAUAGCGUGGAUAUUUUUGAACUAAAUGAAGCAUUUGCUGCACAAUCAAUAGCUGUAGUACGUGAUUUAGGAUUAAAUUCAGAUAGAGUAAAUAUCUACGGAGGUGCUAUUGCAUUGGGUCAUCCAAUUGGAGCAUCUGGUGCUAGAGUAUUGGUAACUCUCGUACACAUCUUAUUGAGAACUGGCAAAAAACGAGGCAUAGCGUCCUUAUGUGUUGGUGGAGGAAUGGGUAUUGCUGUUGCUGUUGAGACAUUAUAAUCACUAAAUACUUAAUUGUUCUCUGUAUAAGAGAACAUCAGACUGUUGCAUUAUUGAGGGAAUAUUUAUUAUUGUGUGUCACAUAAUCUAAUCAAAGAAAAUUAGUUCUGCUGAAAUCAGGGUUGAUAAAUUUUUUUAAAUCUUAUUUUGUAUUUAAAAUAGAAAUGUUUUUAUGCCAAUUUUUUUUUUUCGGUUAUG